AUGGACACUAGUAGUCCAUUGAUAACAUCGGAUCGUGACAGAAUAGCAGUUGAUCUUAGGAGUGAUUGUAAUUCGUCACCGGUCUUUAUUCCCGGCGAUGAUUUAACUACGCCUGCCUCCACUUCCAAAACAAAAAAAGCUCUUGAGAAGUUGAUUGACCUUAAAAAUGAAUGUUCUCAUCAUAGAGUCAUUUCUGCUAGUAAAAAAGACGAAAUUGAGACAAUUAUUAAAAAUGGAGAACUGCUGCACAGAGAAAAUAGAUCUAAAAUUAAGCAAAAUGAAGCGAAUGUGGUGUCCAUUGUGAAGAGUUAUUUUGAAAAAUUGAACCAAGAAAAUGAUGAAAAAUUUUCAGAUUUCAAAGCUCCAUAUAUAGAAACUAUAAAGAAAAUUGAUGGUCUGAUAACUAAAAUGGAUAAUAUUUUUGAUAAAUAUUGCAGCCUUACAGAUAAGUUGAACAGAUUUUCAUCAGAUGGCAAAGAUGAUGUGGCUGAUGAAGUGUUGAGUUAUAAUUCAUUUAAGCCACCAAAACUUCCUGAAGUUAAAAAUUCUCAAUUCGAUAUUGAGCACAUUCCACAUAACUCUGAUCUGGAAAACUUUUUAAAAAGAAAUACCUCAACUUUUGGACGUUUAAGCCAAAUGAAGAAGAAUUAA